GCUGAAACCAUUCUCCCAGAUAGUCACAUCGUAUACUUAAUUAAAAGUGAUGUUGAAGCCUCCAGGGUUACACUUUAUUUCGCUUUUAGUUUUCAUUCCUAUAUGGAUCCAGGGGUUUGCGGUGGUUGACCUCCACAAACAUUACCAAAAUAAUGAAACCUUUCAGGGAGAGAAAAUAAAAUGCAUUGAUGAGCUCGGAUGUUUUGGGACCGGUGGUGUGUUUUUUCAUCUUCUAUUUCGACCAGUCAGUGUUCUCCCCGAUGACCGAGAAGUCAUUAAUGUCCAGUUUAACCUUUACACAAGAGAUCGUCCCAAAGACGAGCGGGUGCUGAAAAGUUCAGAUAAAAAUUCGGUUCUUAAGUCUGAAUUCAGUAUAAAUCGCCCAACCAAGUUUAUUGUCCAUGGUUACAUCGAUAAUAAAUUGUUUGGACUUUGGAUGAGGGAUAUGAAAGACGAGUUUCUUCUUUCUGGAGACUUCAACGUUAUAAUUGUUGACUGGAGUGGUGGAAACAAGCUACCUUAUCACCAAGCAACGGCUAACACCCGUGUUGUCGGAGCCGAAAUCGCUCUGUUAAUAUCAAGAUUAGAGGAAUGGGUUGCAUUAAAACCAGAAGACUGCCACAUCAUUGGGCACAGUCUGGGUUCUCAUAUUGCAGGAUAUGUCGGUGAGCGACUGACUCGAUUAGGUCGUAUUACAGCUGUUGAUCCAGCCGAACCAUACUUUCAAAAUAUGCCAGUAGAGGUCAGGAUAGACCCUUCGGACGCUCUAUUUGUUGACGUGAUCCAUUCUGAUGCGAAGACGAUUUUCUUGAUGGGCCUUGGAAUGAGCCAAGAAGUUGGACAUGUGGAUUUUUUCCCUAAUGAUGGAACCAAUCAACCGGGUUGCAAGACUGACCAAGUACUUUCCUUUAUUAUCGACGGUCUGAAUGAAGGUAAAAAAGCUUUAGUACAGUUUAACAGGACUUAUAACCAUUUCUUUUAA